GAUUCUCUUCCAUAGCACGCUCUCUCUUUCUUUAAUCUUCUGCACACACACUUCCCUCCCUCUCUCUACUCAACUGUCCUUUCACUUGCCUUGUGCUUUCAAUCUUUCUUUCCCUCUCAAGAUCUUAUCUCCAUCCUUUCUCUUGCGUUCUCUUUUCCGGUCAGUCAUGACGGUCCCGGACGCAAAAACCGGCACCGGCAACGAGAAGCUCGUGGUGGAGAUUAUAGGGGCCCACAACCUCAUGCCAAAAGACGGCGAAGGUUCUUCGUCACCUUUCGUGGAAGUCGAGUUCGAGGACCAACGUCUGCGAACUCAGGUCAAACGCAAAGACCUAAACCCGAUAUGGAACGAGAAGCUCGUCUUCCACGUCAUCGACGUCAACGAGCUGCGUUACAAGACACUAGAGAUCAGCGUUUUCAACGAGAAGCGUUCUCCCAACAGCAGGAACUUUUUGGGUAAAGUCAGAGUUACGGGGUCUAGCGUUGGACGAGAGGGAGAAUCAGUGGUUCAGCUGUACACGCUCGAAAAGAGAAGCCUUUUCUCGCACGUGCGAGGAGAGCUCAGCGUAAAACACUACGUCACAACUGAUAACGAUGGAGAUCUCGGUCGGGUUAACGGGUCGGGUGGUGCAAAGAAAAGCAAGAAAGUGAGCUCUUCGGUGGGUAAGCAGCAGCAGCAACAACAUAUAGCUCUUCUCAAUCACCAGCAACAGAAUCAACAAAACGGUCAAGGACAGAGGAUGCUACCUUUUUAUCCAAACCAAGGAGAGAUGAAACCUCUUGUGAUAACCGCUCUUCCCGGUCCAAGACCCGGACCCGUCCUUUACUCAAACGGGUCGAGUGAGUUUUCGCUUAAGGAGACAAAGCCUCGUCUCGGAGGAGUUGCUAGUGGUUUGAGCAGUCACAAGGACAAAACAAGCUCGACGUACGACCUAGUUGAGCAAAUGCAGUACCUUUACGUAAGAGUCAUGAAAGCUAAAGACUUGUCUUUAUCCAGUGAAGUCGUGUCGGAAGUGAAGCUAGGUAAUUACAAGGGAGUUACUAAAAAAGUUAGUUCGAGUAACUUGGAGUGGAAUCAAGUGUUUGCAUUUUCUAAAGAAACCAUUCAGUCAUCUGUAGUUGAGAUUUUCCUCAGAGAAGUUAACCGAAACGAAUAUUCCGGUCGGGUCUGGUUCGAUUUAAGUGAAAUCCCCACCCGGGUACCUCCGGAUAGUCCGUUAGCUCCGCAAUGGUACAGAAUAGAGAGUAGAAACGGCGGAGGAGAGCUUAUGGUUUCAGUGUGGUUCGGGACUCAAGCAGACGAGGCUUUUGCUGAAGCGUGGCAUUCAAAAGCUGGUAACGUCCAUAUAGAGGAGCUCUCUUCGAUCAAAUCUAAGGUUUACUUGUCUCCCAAGCUUUGGUACCUUAGGGUUUCGGUCAUCGAGGCUCAAGACGUUGCUGUUAUGAACAAAGGUUCAGGUCUCGUGAGGUUCCCUGAGCUUUCAACGAAGCUACACGUCGGGAAUCAGAUCUUACGGACAACAGUCUCCACCGCAAACCCGACCCGGAGCUUCACGAAUCCGUAUUGGAACGAGGAUUUGAUGUUUGUGGUUGCGGAGCCGUUCGAGGAUUGCAUUACAGCUGUCGUGGAGGAUCGCGUGUCGGGAGGGCAAAACGAUGUUUGUGUCGGAAGGGUUCAGAUUCCGGUUUCGGCUGUUGAGAGAAGAACCGGAGAUAAACCGGUUGGUUCGAGGUGGUUUACAUUAGAUAACGGUAACAACAACAACAACAACAACAGUAAUAGCCAGUUUGGUUCGAGGAUUCAUCUGAGGCUGUCGCUAGACGGUGGCUACCAUGUUUUGGACGAGGCAACGAUGUAUACCAGCGACGUUAGACCGACGGCGAAAGAGCUUUGGAAACCGCAUGUCGGGCUUUUAGAGAUUGGGAUUCUCGGUGCGACGGGUCUAAUGCCUAUGAAGGUUAGAGACGGGAAAGGCGGUGGAACCGCUGACUCGUACUGCGUGGCUAAGUACGGUCCUAAGUGGGUGAGAACAAGAACCGUUGUGGACAGUCUUUGUCCUAAGUGGAACGAGCAGUAUACUUGGGAAGUAAACGACCCAUGCACGGUUGUAACCAUCGGUGUUUUUGAUAACGCUCGAGUUGACAAGAGUAACAGCAACACGCGAGAUGCGCGGAUUGGGAAAGUCAGGAUAAGGUUGUCUACGCUGGAGACAGAACGUGUUUACACGCAUUCGUAUCCGUUGCUUGUGCUGCACGCUACUGGAGUCAAGAAAACCGGUGAGCUUCAUUUGGCGGUUAGGUUAUCGUGCGGUAACGCCGUCAAUAUGUUUCAGAUGUAUACACUGCCUCUGCUUCCGAAGAUGCAUUAUACACAGCCGUUAGGCGUUCACAUGAUUGAGCGUUUGCGUUACCAGACGCUAAACGCGGUUUCGGCGAGGCUGAGUAGAGCAGAGCCGCCUUUGGGACGUGAGGUUGUUGAGUACAUGCUUGAUCACGAUUUUCACGUUUGGAGUAUGAGAAGGAGCAAAGCUAAUUUUUUCCGUCUGGUUAACGUUGUUUCGAGUUUGGUCUGGGUUGCGAGAUUGGUCGAAGCUAUGAGAAGUUGGACCAAACCGGUUUGCUCGACGGUUUUCGUUGCGGUGUUCUUGUUUAUGGUUUUGUUUCCGGAGCUUAUAUUGCCGUCUUUGUUUCUCUACGCGGCUGCUGUUGGCGUUUGGCGUUUCAGGAAACGGCCUAGGCAUCCGCCGCACAUGGACGGGCGUAUCUCACACGCGGAAACCGUGUUUCCCGACGAGCUUGACGAAGAGUUCGACACGUUUCCGACGAGCAGAGGGUUUGAAGUUGUGAGAAUGAGGUACGAUCGUGUCAGGAGCAUCGCCGGGAGGAUUCAGACGGUGGUCGGUGACAUGGCGAGUCAGGGAGAGAGAGCACAGGCGUUGCUGAGCUGGCGUGAUCCUCGCGCGACGUUUAUCUUCUUGGUGUUCUGUUUAGUCUCUGCGGUUGGGUUUUACGUCGUGCCGGUUAAGUUAACCGUGGCUAUUGCUGGUUUGUAUUAUCUGAGACCGCCUCGGUUCAGGAGGAAGCUACCGUCGCGUGGGCUUAGCUUCUUUAGGCGGUUGCCGUCUAGAGCGGAUAGCAUGCUUUAGAUCUUUGUUUUUUAAAAAAUGUCGUACUUUAAGUUAUUUACUAGUGGUGAUUCUAGCUUUCGGUAGGUUUCAUGGUUCAAUGGAUUUGUUUUGGUUAAGUUAACCGGUGUAGUGCUGUACCGACAAGUUGUGUUAAUGAUUAGGAGGAUGGUUUGUUGUUUCAUUGCAGAAGUUUUCUAACAGCUUGUAGUUUUUCUAUAUGGUCCCCGUGAAUGACUUUG